ACAAAUAGUGAUCAUACCUAUUGUCACAGAAUAUACCACGGUUGUAGAUAUACCGUUUAUCUUAUACCGUGAAAGAUACCUAUGAAACCUAUUGUCUUUGAUAUUAUUAUACCAAGGUAUUGGUUUAUGAAACUAAACAGACAAAACAAUGGGUCAUGGCGUUCGCAAUGUUAGCAAUUUUUCAUUGUUUCGCAAACAGACGGUCCGAAUUUCCAACAUUUACAGCCUUACCACGACUGUACCACGAGAGAGUAUUACAGUUUUGCGCAUGCAGACCGUAGGCAUUCCCCCACUUUGUGCCAUUGAGUGUACGUCAAAUACGUGGCGAUGCGCGGAAACGAACGUGUUUUCGUCGGGCGACAGUAAUCCUCUCUCGUGGGCCGCAGUAUAGAAUUUGCUCUUGGUUUGACGGUCUUGUGAGAUACAUCAUAAUAUAUCAUGGGCCAAUGUUAAAUCUUGUGCAAUAUCUUAAAUCGUCAUCGUGAUUUCUAUACGUCAAGAAUGUGAUACGAAAAAUGACGAGAAGCCACGAAGAUAAUUUAUAUGGUACCAACGAAAAUUUACAAUUUUGAAUUUUCAACUACUACUCUACCACUCAGAAAAUCUCAGCAAAGCAAACAGCUAAUAAUGGCACUGGUCAUCGAUCCAUUUUUAUUUGUCAAAAUGCAAUUACCUCAACUUGAACUGACGGCUGAGGACAUAGCCUUUGCAACAAAAAAUGACCCAGAAUUGAUAAAGUUGCAUAAAAAAAUACUUCUACAUUCAAACAAAUAUGGUAGUUAUUGGAUACGUGAUGGAUGCAUUCUAUUUGGCACACGGAUUAGGAUUCCAAAAAUGUUACAAAAUUAUAUUUUAGAAUAUAUUCAUAUAGAACAUGUAGGUACAAUUAAGAUGAUAGCAUUAGCACUUUCAUAUUGUGUCUACUGGCCAAGUAUUGAUAAAGACAUUGAAAAUCUUGUAAGAAAUUGUCUUCCAUGCAUCGAAAUACGACUUGCGCCAAAUAAAGAAAUUCUGCAUAAUUGGGUGGCUCCCAAGGAACCCUGGGAAAGAAUACAUAUUGAUUAUGCUGGUCCAUUUAUGGACAAUUUGUUUUUAUUGGUUGUUGAUGAAUAUUCUCUGUGGCCAGAAGUUUUUAUCUCAAAUUCUUCAUCUGCAUCAAGCACUAUUGAAAAGUUAAAAUUAUUGUUUUCUAGUUUUGGUCAACCCAGAGUUCUUGUUAGUGAUAAUGUAUCCUCGUUUAUGGGAGAAGAAUUUCAGACUUUUUUGAAAAGUUUUGGUAUAAAACACUGUACAGGUGUUCCUUACAAUUCAAAAUCAUAUGACAAUGUGGUAAGAUUUAUAUUCGCCUUGAAACACGCGCUCAUAGAACUUAAAGGUCAGGUCAGUUAUGAACAAGAUAAACUGAAUACAUUACUGUUCACGUGCAGACGUUCACCGAUCAUAUCUAAUAUAGAGAGUCCAGCAAAUUUGUUUUUAGGACGAGAUUUAAGAUCUAACCUGGACUUCCUCAAAUCACCGGCAAUUAAGAACAAAGUCAUGAAAAACGAAAAUAAUAUAAGAGAUGCAACUCCAUCUCAAUUAUUCCACUUUGGUCAAAAAAUAGCUGUAUUUAAUAAUGUAAAUGGAUUUAUAAUUAAUGCAGAUACCUCAAAAUAUCUGACAGUUAUGGUGAAUGGAAGAUUGAUUCGCCGUCAUGUUGAUAAAGUGAUUCCUUUACCAGUCAUUAAAUCAUUUUCAAGGAUUCAAAAAGACACACAACUGGUUCAACCUGAGAAGCUAAAGAGAUCAAUCAAACCGAUAAAACGUUUAAUUUGUAAUAUAUAAAUAGGAUUUGGAUGUUUAUGACUUUUUCAUAUUUUUUCUUUUAGUUGUGCAUGUGCACUUUGCAGACCAAGUUUUAAAUUAAUUUUGCAUGGCAUAGAAUCA